AAAUAAUUUGAGCAUAGGAUUUAUUCUGGGCUAAGCUCCAGCAAUGGAAGCUUUGGCAUUAUUUGAUUUUGAAGCUACACAGACCGAUGAACUCUCAUUUAAAAGAGGAGACAUUAUCAAGGUUUUAGACAUGAGGACAGACCAGAAUUGGUACACAGCAGAACGUCACGGAGAGGAAGGACUUGUACCAAAACCUUACAUUGAGCUCAAAGACCACGAUUGGUGGUACGGACGGACAUCUCGUUCCGAAGCUGAGCGAAUACUGAAAACUGAAGGUGGAGACGGUUCAUUUCUAGUUAGGGACAGCGAGGCUAACCCAGGCGAUUUCUCCGUGUCCGUCAAAUACGGAGACGCGGUCCAGCAUUAUAAAGUGCUCCGGGACGGCGAAGGGAAAUAUUUCCUCUGGGUGAUGAAAUUCCCCUCACUCAACACGCUCAUCAAGUAUCACAAGGAACAAAGCAUCAGCAAAACUCAGCACAUAUUUUUAAAAGAUUUCCGAAGAAAAUCCGACCAGGUACCACCGGUAGUACAGCCCAGCAUAAGCAUGAACCCUAGCCCCAAGGCUCCGGUUAAAAGCAUGGUACCACCGGGACCGGUAGUACAACCGAGCAUAAGAAUGAACCCUAGCCCCAAGGCUCCGGUUAAAAGCACGGUACCACCGGGACCGGUAGUACAACCCAGCAUAAGCAUGAACCCUAGCCCCAAGGCACCGGUUAAAAGCACGCCGCCUCCCGCCCAGCAGGAGCAGUUCUGCGAGGCUCUGUACGAGUUUCAGCCCCAGAAUCCUGACGAGAUAAGACUUGUUGUGGGAGCUAAAAUCCGAAUUAUUAACAGAGCUGACGCUAACUGGUGGGAAGGGGAAUGUAACGGUAGACGCGGAAUGUUUCCGGCAACAUACGUUCGGGAACUUGACUGAAAAGAUGCGAGCUUUAAUCUCCGCGUUUUCUUCAAGAUUACUUGGUGACGCGGUUGUCUCGGUAACCAAAACUCAAGCCCGGCUGGGGCAGGACGACGUAAUUGUAGCUCGGCAACCAGCGAUUCUGCUCCUUUACAAUUUGAGACUUUUCUAGUUUUUAUUUCCUUUAUCCUGACAUUAUGUUUCCAAUUUCCGAAACAAGACUCAAUUGAUUUUUCUGAUUAAAUGGUUUCGUCACAACAAGUCUAACUCCAAAACUAACCGGCUAAAAAAUCUAAAAACGUUGAAUAAAAAUUGAUGUACGAAAUUUUCAGCAAUUUAAGAUCUAAUAGAUAAUCUGUUAAAAUGAGCUCCAUUAGUGUGCCUAGUACUACUACAGUAGGUACUACCUGCCUACUGGUACUCAAUUAGACUGGUCGAGGAUACUAAUUGUUUCGUCUAGGACUAAUUAUUGAAUAUUGGAGCAAUAAUUCCAAUGUAACUUACAUGUAGGUACAUUGUAAGCUUACUAAUGGAUUUCUCGGGAAACAUCUUUAAUUACAGAGAUUAACUUAGAUUGGUUCGAUGCGAUCCUUACCUAACUGCCAGGUAAUUCUCAUGUUCGGUUCUGAGUUUACGCGGCCCUUUAUUCCGAAUCACAACUAAAUUUUCCGACCUAGCUAUGGACUGAUAACCGGGCGUUUGAAUUUAAAAUCGUAUUAAACUGAAUUAAGUUUAUCCUUGUGAGUAUAUAUAUAUACAUUAGUUGAUUAUGAUGAUGUGAAUGACCGCCCACGGUUUAUUUUUUAUCUUAAAAUACCUUGCAAAAAAACCGAAACUUUCCGUAGUUUAACGUUGAUAUAAUGCGUGUGGAACUGUGAACAUAAUUGUUUGAAAUACAAUGAAUGAUGUUAUAUAUUAGUACAAAA